CAGAUCCAUGAGGCAGCCGUCACUUCAGGAGGAAAACGCAAAGGAGGAACAGGGAAACAUUACCUCACCCUUAACGGAUUUUAGCGCUGCUUAUGAAACAAUUAUUAUUCUCCAGACGCUUUUUUUUGUCUACGGACUACAUAAAAUAGCUGUGCUAUUUAAAGGUCCAUCCAGGAAUCAUUAUCUGGCACCCAUGAUAUCUGUAGCACUUAGUUUACGAUGAUGAUUUGUCUCCUCAACACAAGUGAGAACUAAUGAGCUUAUGCAAUCUGGAUCACACCCUUGAGUAUUAUGCAGGCCAUUAAGAAAGAGACGUCCUACAGUGGAGACGAUGACCUGGUCUUAGCCAUGGCUCUGCAAGGCACAGACAGAGACUUGGUCAAUCAAAAGCUUUCCAACAUGCCCUUCAAGGCCAAACCAAACACGUGCCGCAGAAAGCGCGAGUUUAUCCCGGACGAGAAGAAGGACACGUUGUACUGGGAGCGCAGACGCAAGAACAACGAGGCUGCAAAGCGUUCAAGGGAGAAAAGGCGGAUCAAUGACAUGGUGUUAGAGAACAAGCUGAUGGUGUUGGGUGAGGAGAAUGCGUCACUCAAAGCUGAGCUUCUGUCCCUCAAGCUGAAAUUUGGCCUGUUGAGCUCUGCUGCCUAUGCUCAGGAGGUGCAGAAGAUCACCACCUCUACUAAUGCCUUGUACCAGGAAUUUGUGCACCCUAAUGAUGUCAAAGGCUCUUACUCCAGAGAGCCUGAGCCAUCAUGCCUAAACAGUAGCUGCAUAUCAGUGAUCAAGCACUCACCUCACAGCACCUUAUCAGAUGGAUCUGACUCGAGUACUAUGAAUGCAUGCAGGACACCGGAAACCAUCAAGCAAGAGCCAUUGGAGAAUGUCAACUACUCAAGAGACCGAGCCAGUCCGUAUGAACUGUACAGAAAUUACCUGAAUAGUCCUUUCCCUGGAGGCUACUCCCAGCCAAAUCCAUUCCUGCCGCUCACCAGGUCAUCAAGUAACUCUCCCCGGACCUCUGAUGGUGAUGAUGGGACUGUGAGCAAGUCAUCAGAUGGGGAAGAUGAACAGCAGGUCCCCAAAGGUCUGGCACCAUCCACUGUUGACCAAAAAAGUGUGAUAGUCUCCGCUGUAAAAGUUCCAGAUACCAAUGCUUCAGCGCUGCCCCACAAGCUGCGCAUCAAAGCCCGGGCCAUCCAGAUCAAAGUAGAGGCUAUCGAUCCUGACUAUGACUCAACUGGAAAGUUCCCUUCCCCCAUUGACAUGUCUGCACGGGCAUGCUACCAGAUGGCUCAGGGAUCUCCACUUGAAUACACCCAGUCAUCACUUAGCCCACUCUCCCUGCAGGUGAACAACGUCCAGGACUGGAUCCAACAACCAGAGUAUUGGCACAAAGACCAAACAGAGGCUCCGCCAAACGCCUUCAAGAACAGACUUUGCCCUGACUCACCUGGGCCUAUGACUAACAAACUCGUUGUAGACCUUAAGGAUGGCUGCUAUGCUAUCUCAGAGUCUGAGAACUUGUACUUGAAAAAAGGCAUUGCCGACUUGUCCGCAGAAGUGGCCUCCCUGAAAAAGUUCAUCACAACACGACAGGGUUCUGUCAUCGAGUCCACCAAAAGCACUACUGAACAUGACUUGGUGUCUAAAGGAUGUUAUUCAAACUGAGGCUUCUCUGUUUGCACAACACCUGUUUUCCACUGUGUCUGCUACUGCACCAUUCCACUGAAAUGGUGUCUAAAAGCUGCAGUUCAUCGAGAUGAAUAGUGGUUUUGUGCACUUACUGUUGUAGAUUGGCGUGUCCUCCCAGUGACUCCUUCUGGUAGCCCAGAAGCCAAAAUGUUAGGCUACUACAUGCAAAGUUAAUGCUGUCUUCUUCAAAAUUUGUUGUACAUUAUCGUAUGUUCUUUUUUUUUGUUUGUUUACAAUAAAUAUAUGUAAGCACUGAAGCACCAUUUUGGUUUUUUUUUCACCUACACAGGAUGUAUUGAAAACCGCAUUGUACCAUGAAUUGUCUAAAGAUUUUAAAGGAACUGUGGAUCUAGACUGUCAGUGCCUCCUUAAUACUUUGUUUUUACUGUGCCAUUUCUAUGGAGGUACACCAUUUUUACCCUGUGUUCUCUUUAAGGAACAAUAGGUAGCAUUUUUCAUGUUGAUAAACUGUCAAUAAAAUUUCACAAAGCACA